AUGAAUUCAUUUAGAGUGUCCGAAAUUGUGCGAUGUUCUCAACGCGAACAGGGUAUCGUUAAUGACGCGUUUGCCACUGACCUUGUCGAUGAUGACGAUGGAAGUGGAGAUUUGGCGUUCAGCAUUCGUGACCUCUCCUUCGGCAAACCCUAUGAUGAGGAGGAAGAGCUCGUUUCAGAUCUAAGCAUUGACAUUCCUUUGAAUAAUAGUCUAAUCGUGACCGGACCCAGUGGGGCCGGGAAAACGUCUCUGCUCCGAGUUCUUGCAGAAUUGUGGCCAAACAAAUCAGGUUUCUUAUGUUCCUUGUGGAUUGUGCAGCACUAG